GAGCGCGGCACGGUGCGCGAGACCGGGCCGGCCACGUAGCGCUGCUGCAGCCGGAGGGAGGGAGAGAGAGAGAGCGCGCGCGCGAGCGAGAGAGAGAGAGAGAGAGAGAGACACAGACGAGGGGGGGCUGUUGGAAAAAGGAAAAUAAGGCAAAAAGAAAAAAAACUGCACGGGGUCACAAAAACACGCAAACUGAAAAAGUGUCCCCAAAUGCUCCGCGCGAACGCCAGACAAAGCGGGCCUGGCGCUCUCGGCGGCUUGGUGCGCAUUUCGCUUCCUUGCACAAUCCAGUCGGAAUAGGAGAAUGGAGAGACAGAGGGCGCCCUCGCCGGGAUUGCCGUGGAUGAUGACUCUCGAGAUUUGCUCAUGGCUGCUCACACAACGAGGACUGCUUUCUCAAAACCCAUCCAGAAAAUAAGCUAAGAGUGGAAAAAACAAAACCAAGAAAACUAAGCAGAAAACGGAAGGAAGACGCGGGCGGGCGGGCGGGCGAUGUGCUGUGGACCGAGGGCACAGUAAGGGCACCACAGGAUAGACGGCUUCAGUUGCCUUGAUGAUGAGAUAAAGCGGCCAGGCCGUCUGAGCCAAGGCCCCAUGUGAGCGCUUUUCCGGACUUUUCCGAGGUACGACAAUAAACUGGCAUCGCGUCGCCCACCUCCCGGUCUUCUCGACCAAUGAAAUCUUGCCAAAAGUCGAAGGAGACGCACGCCACCCAGGGCACGGCGGGCAUGGCCCAGGAUGAGAGUCGUCGCACCCAAGUGCCACCGUCCUUCUACCACGGUGCCAAUCAGGAGCUGGACCUGUCCACCAAGCUGUACAAGCGGGACGGAGGUGGGAAGCCCUACUCGGUGCUAGUGGACAACAAGCUGAGCAAGGGCCACCUGGCAGAGCCCGGCGACCAGCCGCCUCAGCAGCAGCCCUACUACAGAGAGGGGGGCAAGACGGGGCAAGAGGGGAGCGGCCAGGCCGGGGACGGCUCGGAGGAAACGGAUGAGGAAGACGAGGAAGAGGACGAUGACGAGGACGACGAGGAAGAGGCCUACAAGAGAGAGCAGAUCAUCGUGGAGGUGAACCUCAACAAUCAGACGCUCAACGUCUCCAAGAGCGAGAAGGGCAUCCCCUCGCAGUCCAAGGACCCACCCGUCAUCAAGUCCAGUAGCGAGGAGGAGGAAGAAGAGGACAACGAGGAGGAGGAGGAAGAGGAAGGCUCUAAUGAGAGUGAGGACGAGAGGGAGAAGGAGAAAGCCAAGAAGACCAAGCGGGCCCCCGCCAGCCCGCCUCGCAAGACGAGGAAAGCCGCCAUGGCAGCCGCGAGUGCCGUGACAUCAUGCGUCACCAGGGGGCGCAGGAAGAGCGCGGAGCCGCCCAAGAGGAAGCGGCGGGCUGCCCGCGAAGCUAAGGCCUCCUCGGGCACCUCUCCGGCUGCUGCUGCUGCCUCCCAGAAGGGCAAGAAUGGCGGGGAGGAGAAGGAGAUGCUGACGUGCGAGAAGUGCCCGCGGGUCUUCAAUACCCGCUGGUACCUGGAGAAGCACAUGAACGUCACCCACCGGCGCAUGCAGAUCUGCGACAAGUGUGGCAAGAAGUUCGUUCUGGAGAGCGAGCUGGCACUGCACCAGCAGACGGACUGUGAGAAGAACAUCCAGUGUGUGUCGUGUAACAAGUCCUUUAAGAAGCUCUGGUCCCUGCACGAGCACAUCAAGAUCGUCCACGGCUACGCCGAGAAGAAGUUUGCCUGCGAGAUCUGCGAGAAGAAGUUUUACACCAUGGCACACGUACGCAAGCACAUGGUGGCACACACCAAGGACAUGCCCUUCACCUGCGAGACCUGCGGCAAGUCGUUCAAGAGGAGCAUGUCACUCAAGGUGCACUCGCUGCAGCACUCCGGCGAGAAGCCCUUCCGGUGUGAGAACUGUGACGAGCGUUUCCAGUACAAGUACCAGCUGCGCUCCCACAUGAGCAUCCACAUCGGGCACAAGCAGUUCAUGUGCCAGUGGUGUGGCAAGGACUUCAACAUGAAGCAGUACUUCGACGAGCACAUGAAGACUCACACAGGAGAGAAGCCCUUCAUCUGCGAGAUCUGUGGCAAAAGCUUCACCAGCCGGCCCAACAUGAAGCGGCACCGGCGGACUCACACCGGAGAGAAGCCGUACCCGUGCGACGUGUGCGGCCAGCGCUUCCGCUUCUCGAACAUGCUGAAGGCCCACAAGGAGAAGUGCUUCCGGGUCACCAGUCCCGUCAACUUGCCCCCGGUCCUUCCGCUGACCACGACGGGCCCCGUGCCACCCCCCUCCUCUCCCACGCCUGUCGCCCCGUCCCCCGCGGUGGCCGCCCCACCCCUCGGCCUCAACCCCAUCGGCUCCUUACCGCCGCGGCCCAUCCCGCACCCCUUCUCACACCUCCACCUGCACCCGCACCACCACCACCAUUCCCACCACCUGGCGGUGCCCCCCGUGUCGCACCUGCCGCCGCCCCCAGCACUUUUCAAAAGCGAGCCCUUGAACCACAGAGGGCACGGCGAGGACAGCUACUUGAGACAUCUAACGGACAAGAACGCGGGGGCACCACAGCACCAUUAGGUGGGACGUGUGCCCAUGCUCGGGGGGGGGGGAGGAGGAGGAGGAGGG